AUGGCUUCUCCUUUGGCAUGUCCUGGACCUGCCCAGCGGCCCCUUCAGGAUGAGAAAGAGGCCCUCCGCCGGGCCAUCCAAAAGGAGCUGAAAAUCAAGGAGGGUGUGGAGAACCUUCGGCGAGUGGCCACAGACCGCCGCCAUCUGGGCCGCGUCCAGCAGCUGCUGCGUUCCUCCAACCGCCGGCUGGAGCAGCUGCAUGGCGAGCUGCAGGACCUGCACGCCCGGGUCCAGCUGCCGGGCCCAGCCGAGCCUGCAGCCUCGGGAUCCUGGUCAGGGACGGAACAGGCGCGGGCUCGGCACCUGGAGCUCCUGCGGAGGCAGCUGCAGGUGGAGCUGAAGGUAAAGCAGGGGGCCGAGAACAUGAUCCACACCUGUGCCCGUGGCACCCCCAAGGAGAGGACGCUCCUGGCAGCCGCCCAGCAGAUGCUGCAGGACGGCCAGCUCAAGGUGGCCCUGCUGCGGAUGAAGGUGAGCGCCCUGGAAGCCGGCGUGCCCCCGGAGCCAGGCCCCGAGCUGUUGGCAGAGGAGCUGCGGCACCGAUUGCGCAUCGAGGCAGCCGUGGCCGAGGGGGCCAAGAACGUGGUGAAGCUGUCCAGCAGCCGGAGCGUGCAGGGCCGCAAGGCCCUGGCGGAGGCCCAGGUCCAGCUCCAGGAAUCUUCCCAGAAACUGGACCUUCUGCGCUUGGCCUUGGAGCAGCUGGUGCAGGCCCUCCCUGCGGUCCACCCUCUGCGCAGCGCUGUGGCCCAAGAGCUGAGGACAGCCACCCUGAGGCACCCCAGGCCCGCGGGGACGCCCGUGAAACCCACCGCCCUCACAGGGACCCUGCAGGUGCGGCUCCUGGGUUGUGAGCAGCUGCUGACCUCGGUGCCGGGGCGUUCUCCUGUGGCUGCGUUGGCCACCAGCGCCUCUGAAGGCUGGCUCCGAAGCAGGGCCAAGCAGCAGCGUGGAGGUGGCAGUGGUGAGCUAAGCAAUGAGGUGCUUGCUGUGUUGAAAGUGGACAACCGCGUGGUGGGCCAGACAGGCUGGGGGCUGGCGUCUGCACGGUGCUGGGACCAGGCCUUCGUGGUUCCCCUGGAGCGAGCCCGGGAGCUGGAGAUCGGGGUGCGCUGGCGGGACUGGCGGCAGCUGUGCGGCGUGGCCUUCCUGCGGCUGGAGGACUUCCUGGACAACGCGUGCCACCAGCUGUCCCUCAGCCUGGUGCCGCGGGGACGCGUCUUCACACAGGUGACCUUCUGCGACCCUGUCAUUGAGAAGCGGCCUAGGCUGCAGAGACAGAAGCGUAUUUUCUCCAAACGCAGAGGCCAGGACUUCUUGAGGGCUUCUCAGAUGAACCUCAGCAUGGCGGCCUGGGGGCGCUUGGUCAUGAGUCUGCUGCCCCCCUGUAGUUCUCCCAGCACCAUCAGCCCCCCCAAAGGAGGUCUGCAGACCGCCACUGCACCCCAAGGGGCCUCCCAUCGUGCUUCCCCCAGUCACUUCCUGCCCAAGAAGAGCCCCCUGAGAGAAGAGGUCAAGCCCCCACCCAAGCCCCCACGCCUCUUCCUGCCCCAGGAAUCAGCCCCAGAGGAGACCCCGUGUACCAAGCGCCCCCACAUGGAGCCUCGAGCUGGACUGGCUACUGUCCCAGCCUCCGCUGCGCCCACCAGGAAAGCCCCUGGGCUUCAGGACUUCCGCUGUUUGGCUGUGCUGGGUCAAGGACACUUCGGGAAGGUCCUCCUGGUCCAGUUCAAGGGGACGGGGAGGUACUGUGCUAUCAAGGCCCUGAAGAAGCAGGAGGUGCUGAGCCGGGACGAGGUAGAGAGUCUGUACUGUGAGAAGCGGAUCCUAGAGGCUGUGGGGCGCGCCGGGCACCCCUUCCUGCUCUCCCUCCUAGCCUGCUUCCAGACUUCCAGCCACGCCUGCUUCGUGACCGAGUUUGUGCCUGGGGGCGACCUCAUGAUGCAUAUCCAUGAGGACGUCUUUCCUGAGCCCCAGGCCUGCUUCUACCUGGCCUGUGUGGUCCUGGGGCUGCAGUUCCUCCAUGAGCAGAAGAUCAUUUACAGGGACCUGAAGUUGGAUAAUCUCCUGCUUGAUGCCCAGGGCUUCCUGAAGAUCGCGGACUUUGGGCUCUGUAAAGAAGGGAUUGGCUUUGGGGACCGGACGAGCACCUUCUGUGGCACCCCGGAGUUUCUGGCACCUGAGGUGCUGACCCAGGAGGCCUACACGCGGGCUGUGGACUGGUGGGGGCUGGGCGUGCUGCUCUACGAGAUGCUGGUGGGCGAGUGCCCUUUCCCAGGAGACACGGAAGAGGAGGUGUUUGAGUGUAUUGUCAAUGCCGAUGCCCCGUACCCCCACUUUCUGUCCGUGCAAGGACUCGAGCUCAUUCAGAAGCUCCUCCAGAAGUGUCCAGAGAAGCGCCUGGGGGCAGGGGAGCUGGACGCCGAGGAGAUCAAGGUUCAGCCGUUCUUCCGGGCUGUGGACUGGCAGGCCCUGCUCACCCGCACCGCCCAGCCCCCCUUUGUGCCUACGCUCUGUGGCCCUGCAGACCUGCGCUACUUUGAAGGUGAAUUCACCGGACUGCCGCCGGCCCUAACCCCCCCUGCCCCCCGAAACCCCCUCACAGCCCGUCAACAGGCCGCCUUCCGGGACUUUGACUUUGUGUCGGAGCGAUUCUUGGAGCCCUGAGGCUCUCCUGGCACCUCGCUCGCCCGCUUGCACACUUGCCUGGCCCCGAUGUUCAUCAGCCUGUGCAGCAUGGGGAACCACUACUGGGCCCCAAUAUUGAUCACCUCCUACGGCUUGGAGGUGAGGGCGCCAUGGAGAUGACCACAGACCGACUUCAGGAGCUUUUUCUCAGUGUUACCAGG